AUGUCGGCCAAUGGCUCUUCUGCAACUCCCCAGGAGCUAUGGCGGCACUCGGCUCCCGAGUCCACACAGAUCUACCACUUCAUGAAGAAAACAGCGGCAAAGCAUGGGAUACCACUGGACAACUAUAAUGAUCUCUGGAACUGGAGUAUCUCUGAGCCUGCGAAGUUCUGGGAGGAUAUUUGGCUGUAUACGGGUAUCAAUGCCCAUAAACCUUAUAACCAGGUUAUGGGAUCUGAGACGCUUCUCUUCCCUCGGCCUCAAUUCUUCGAGGGCACAAGACUAAACUUUGCUGAGAACCUGCUGUAUCCUGCCGUCUCUCCUAAUGAGACCGACGUCGCCAUUAUUGCGGCCACGGAGCUAGACCGUGAAUAUGUCUCGUGGAAAGAGCUUAGAGAGCGUGUACGCCAAUGUGCCAACGCGCUAAGAGGAGGUGGCUUGCAGGAGGUUGCAAUGCUGGCAACUGCGUCUAUUGGUGCUUUCUGGACCGGAGUGUCUCCGGAUACAGGGGUGCAUGCUGUUCUCGAGCGCUUGAAGCAGAUUGAACCAAAGGUUUUAUUCGCUGAUAAUGCCUCGCUUUACAAUGGCAAGGUGCACAGUGCGAAGGUCAAAACCAACCUGAUUGUGUCUGAGCUUCCGAAGUUGGAGACGCUCGUUAUAUUUCCGACUAUCGCAUCUUCGGAGAUCCAGUUGGAGGAGGUCUCACCAAUCCAAGGAAAAGCAUAUACAUACCCAGACUUCCUAUUGACGGCCAGAAACCCUUCAGCACCACUGGAGUUUGCGAGCUUACCACCUGAUCAUCCCGUAUACAUUCUGUACAGCUCGGGCACGACUGGUGCACCCAAGCCUAUCGUACACGGAUCCCUGGGAACGUUGCUGCAGCAUAAGAAAGAGCAUAUCCUUCACUGUGACAUCCGCCCUGGAGAUCGAUUGUUCUACUUUACCACCACCACCUGGAUGAUGUGGCACUGGCUAGUGUCUGGCCUGGCGAGCGGUGCUACUAUCGUUCUCUACGACGGCUCGCCUUUCCGGCCAUUAGAUCCCGAAGGGGGAGUUGGGGAAAUGGCUAUGCCCCGGCUGAUUGACGAACUCAAAAUAACCCACUUUGGGACGUCCGCGAAGUAUCUCUCAAUGCUGGAACAAGCUGGCCUGGACCCUACAAAGCAUCCCCACCGUCCUGUGAGCCUACAGACGCUCAAAGCAAUCUUUAGCACAGGCUCUCCUCUGGCACCAUCCACAUUCGAAUACGUCUACUCGUCAAUACACCCCGAUAUCAUGCUCGGGUCAAUCACUGGUGGUACCGACAUUCUUUCCUUGUUUUGCUCCGGAUGUCCAAUUCUCCCCGUGUACAAGGGUGAAAUCCAAUGCCGAAGUUUGGCCAUGGCCGUCUCUGUUUAUGAUUAUGCUGGUAACGACAUUAGUUCUUCUGGAGAACCCGGUGACCUGGUCUGUACUCGGCCAUUCCCGGCACAGCCAGUCAUGUUCUGGCCACCUGGACCUGUUGGAGACGAAAAGUACCGCAAAAGUUAUUUUGAUGUCUUCGGCCCUUCAAUCUGGCACCACGGUGACUUUAUCCGCGUAAAUCCGGAGACAGGCGGAGUUGUCAUGCUAGGACGAAGCGACGGCGUCCUUAAGCCGGCCGGUGUCAGGUUUGGCAGUGCAGAGAUCUACAACAUCCUUCUAAAACACUUCGCCGAGGAGGUCGAGGAUUCUCUCUGCGUUGGUCGCAGAAGAGAAGGAAUUGAUACAGAUGAGACAGUGGUUCUGUUCGUGAAGUUAACCUCACCAAGCGAGACGCUGCCGGCGGACCUUGCAACGCGCAUCCAGGCUACCAUUCGCAAAGAACUCAGCCCUCGCCAUGUCCCAGGCAUCGUGGACGUCUGUCCGGAGAUUCCGGUGACGUCAAAUGGCAAGAAGGUCGAGAACUCCGUGAAACAGAUUCUGUGCGGGUUGAACAUCAAAAUCGGAGCCAGUGUCGCGAAUUCUGGGUGCCUGGAUUGGUAUCGCACCUGGGCCUCUGAACAUAUUUGA